AUGGCUGAGUCCGUUGUUGCCGAACAGCCAGAUCUCUCCAGCCUGACCGGCUCGCCUGGUCAGAAGCGGAAGCGUGAGUCAGGCAGCCCUGAUCUGACCAGGAAUAAGCGUCCUGCGCCAGCUGCCCACAUGUCGACCGACGCCGCCUCCUUCAUCGAUAAUGCCAUGGACAACCAGGUUGCCAAUGCUAAUGGCGUCAACGUCGCCGACUUCAACGCCCUGCAGCAGGCGGCCCAGGCCGACCACCCUGAAGCUCCGGAUCCCGCCAGUGCUACCAGCACCGCCCAGGCUGCCCUCGGAAUGUAUCCCACUCUCCACGUUCCACCGUCGACAGAGGAACAAUUUGCAGCUCAGGCAACCGCCGAUGGCGAUCAUGGCCACGAUGCCCAGUUCAACCCAGAUGUGCCACCACCCAAUGUCGACGGCAUCAUGGAACCUCCACCCCCUCCGGUUGCCCCUCCCCAGCAUCAGCCCACACCACCAAAUGGGGUGCAGCACCAACCACCUCGGUACCCUCCUGCGGCUCCCAACCCGAAGCCAACCGUGGGCUCGGAAGAAUGGCACAAGAUGAGAAAGGAUAACCACAAAGAAGUGGAACGCCGCCGCCGUGAAACCAUCAAUGAAGGCAUCAAUGAGCUAGCCAAGAUUGUACCCGGCUGUGAAAAGAACAAGGGGUCCAUCCUGCAACGAGCCGUCAGUUUCAUCUCUCAGCUCAAGGAGAACGAGCAGCAGAACAUUGAGAAGUGGACUCUGGAAAAGCUGCUUACGGAGCAAGCCAUCACAGAGCUGAGUGCUUCCAAUGACAAGCUCAAGCAAGAAUGUGAGCGCCUUUACCGUGAGCUCGAGACUUGGAAACGGGUGGCCCAGAACGCUGGCCUGGAGCCUCCCCAGCCCAAGGAGGAAAACACUGCCACCACUACAUCGAGCUAG